AAAUGAAGCUAAAGGAAAUUGAGCGAACAGCUGUCCAGGCAUGGAGUCCAGCAAACAACCACCCCAUUUAUCUAGCAACAGGAACAUCUGCCCAGCAACUGGAUGCAUCCUUCAGUACAAAUGCCACCUUGGAAGUGUUUGAGGUUGACUUCAGGGAUCCCUCCCUGGACAUGAAGCAGAGAGGAACACUUCCUGCCUCAAACAGGUUUCAUAAGCUGAUCUGGGGUAACUUUGGAAAUGGGUCCCCAGAGUCCUCUGGAGUGAUCAUUGGUGGAGGGGAUAAUGGUGUACUGACAAUGUACAGUGCACAUCGCAUCUUGGCUUCAAAGAGUGAGCCUGUGAUUGGGCAGACAGAGAAGCAUUCGGGUCCUGUUCAAGCUCUUGACUUUAACCCUUUCCAGAGUAACCUCCUGGCUUCUGGAGCCAAUGAUUCUGAAAUUUUCAUCUGGGACUUGAAUAACUUCAGUGUGCCUAUGACUCCAGGGCCUAAAUCGCAGCCUCAUGAAGACAUCAGUGUGGUGUCCUGGAAUCGGCAAGUGCAGCAUAUCCUGUCCUCCGCUCACCCCAGUGGAAAGGCUGUGGUUUGGGACCUCAGGAAGAAUGAGCCUAUCAUCAAAGUCAGUGACCACAGCAACAGAAUGCAUUGCUCAGGAAUGGCCUGGCAUCCAGAAGUUGCAACCCAGCUAGUCCUUUCCUCUGAGGAUGACCGUUUGCCAGUGAUCCAAAUAUGGGACUUACGUUUUGCUACCUCUCCUUUGAGCCAGCUGGAAGGACAUACGAGGGGAGUUCUCUCUGUCUCUUGGUGCCAGGCUGACCCUGAACUGCUGUUGAGUAGCGCCAAAGACAACCGGAUCUUGUGCUGGAACCCAAGUAUGGGGGAGGUGGUUUAUGAGUUGCCCAUUUGGAAUCAGUGGUGCUUUGAUGUCCAGUGGUGUCCUCGGAAUCCUUCAGUCUUCUCUGCUGCCACUUCAAAUGGGUGGAUCAACAUUUAUUCUGUUAUGGGUGGGAACUUAGAAGCCCAGCAGAAGACACAGGCUGACAAGAUCUCUUCCUCCUUCAACAACUUGGAUCCCUUUGGCACAGGACAGAUCCUUCCACCUCUGCAGGUGCCAGAGCAAGUAGCUCAGACCACCUUGAUUCCACCAUUAAAAAAGCCACCCAAGUGGAUUCGCAGACCUGUGGGGGUUUCGUUUGCAUUUGGAGGAAAACUUAUUUCCUUUGGUCUUACCAAAGCUCCUGGACAGCAAACGCAGCAGACUUACCCACACCAGAUAUUUAUCAGUCAAGUCACUACUGAAACUGAACUCCUGCUCCGAUCCAGAGAACUCCAGAUGGCCUUACAGUCAGGGAACCUCCUUGAUUACUGCCAGGGCAAGAUCCAGACAGCCAAGUUGCCAUUUGAUGAGAACCUUUGGAACUUUUUGAAGGUGAAUCUGGAGCAGGAGUCCAGGACUAAACUUCUCAAGCUGCUGGGCUACAGUAAAGAGGAUCUUCAAAAAAAGAUUGCAUCAUGUUUGAGUAAUGGGAUCCCAGAUAAACAACCCAUUCUCGAGGCAGAUGAGGCAAAUGAUGCACAACCAGAUCAGCUUUUGAUAAAUUCCAGUGAUGAUGUAGCUGCUGUUUCCUCCUCUUCAGACUUUUUCGACAACCUCAUUCCACAAAAUAUGAGUACAUUGGAGAUUCCUGUUACAGAAGAUACGGAUGGACUCAUCAGCCAAGCCCUUUUGUUGGGGAAUUUUGAGGGUGCAGUGGAGCUGUGCAUGCGGGCAGAGCGCUUUGCUGAUGCCAUCAUCUUAGCUAUAGCUGGUGGGGAGAACCUCCUAAAGGAGACCCAGAAGCGCUACUUUGCCAAGCAUAAGACAAAACUCUCCCAGCUGCUUUCCUCCAUUGUGCAGCAGAAAUGGCAAGAUAUUGUUUGCACAUGUGAUCUACAGAGCUGGAAGGAGGCACUGGCCAUCUUGUUAACAUACUCAAAGCAUGAAGAUUAUACUCAGCUUUGUGACAUGCUGGGUGCCCGCCUAGAGUCAGAAGGAGAUGCAGCCCUGUCCAAUGAUGCCUGCCUCUGCUAUAUCUCAUCAGGCAAUGUGGAGAGGUUGGUGGAAUGCUGGGUGAAAAACCAUGAGACUUCAUCACCCCUUGCCCUGCAGGAUCUCAUAGAGAAGGUGAUGGUGCUGAGCAGGUCCACUGAGAUGCUCCGAGGCACAGCAGGACCAGCACCAGGCCCUGUCUUGGCAGAACGAAUCGCCCAAUAUGCCAGUCUCCUGGCAUCACAAGGAUGCUUGUCAGCCGCAAUGAAUUAUCUACCCAGCAGCUCUAAAGAGCUCCUCAUCAAACAGCUCCGAGACCGACUUUUCCAUGCUCAAGGAGAGAAUGCAGGGGAUCAGCAACCCCCCCCUUUUCCCUGCACUCGUGUCAAUGUUGGUGUCGUUAAACACACAUCUCCAGCAGCCAAGGGUGGUUCUGCCCCUGAAGGAGCCGCCCACAAAACAGGUGCCAGACAUCCAGAGAAGCCCAACUAUCAGUCAUCAUUUGCCCCUUCAGCACCUUCUCAGCCUUCAGUGCCUUCCCACUUCAUGCCUCAGCCAGUGCCAGCGAUGUCUGUAACACCUCACCAUCUUGCCCCUCCUCAGGGCAGCACAGGUCCACAAACAAGUGUCUAUUCCAGAGGGCCUGUGUACCCACAGUACAACUUGGGCUUGGUUCCAGCAACUGUUUCAGGGCCAGCUGUGUCACACUCUCAGCCAUUCGGACCAGUGGGAGUCAGACCUGUUGGUCCUGCUCCCUUCCCCAGCCAGCCUUCUCUGCCAGGACAGUCCAUGUCCAUGACAUCUCCUGGUGUUCUACCACCUGGACCCUCCCUCUUCACUCCAGCCUCAGUCCCAUCAUCUCAGCUUCCUGCAGCUUGUCCUCUCCCUGUGGCAAGCCAGUCUCCUCUAGGCUUCUCUUCAGCACCUUUCAACUGCCCCAUGAACGUGGGUUACCCUCAAGGAGGUCCUGGAGCUCCAUCUACUAAGCCCCUGCCAGCAGCCAGCAUUCCUCCUCCUCCCACAGGUUUCUUCCCUUGGCUAGAUCCCCACGUGGAUCAUGCAGCUCAAGAAUCUUGGACUGAUCCUUCUGCUGCAAGAGGAGGCCUUCAAAAGAAAAAGUUGCCUGAGAAAUUUACUCCUCCAGCCCCCAUCACAGCUCCAGUAAUGAGCCUGCCCACUGAGCCCCAAGGGAUCCAUCCUCAGCUGUCCAGGUUGCAAGAAUCUGGCCAGUCACCCCCAGGAGCACCUAAGGAAGGCAGCCUGCAGUAUCACCAGCUACCCGUGGAGAGGGUUGAGAGAAAGGAGGUGCCCCCUGAGCACCAGGUUCUGAAGACAACAUUUGAAGGGUUGGUGCAACGCUGCUCUGCUGUCGCCACUGAUCCGAAAACCCGAAGAAAGCUGGAGGAUGCAUUGCAGCGGCUGGAGUGUUUGUAUGAGAAGCUCCGUGAACAAGCGCUCUCUCCAACCAUCCUCAUGGGCCUUCACGAAAUUGCCCGCUGCAUUGAGGCUAGGAACUACCAACAGGGUCUCCUGUUUCACACCCAAGUGGUGAGCAGCAGCAGUUUCAGUGAGGUGUCUGGUUUCAUGCCCAUCCUGAAAGUCCUCAUGACUGUUGCUGGCAAGCUGAAUGUGUAAAGUGUGGAGCAGCUGCAACAGUGCACCCUGAGAGCUGAUGGACUCCCUCACCUGUUGAUGUGCUGCAAGUUGUGGACUUCUCUUCUGAUCUGGAGAAAUAAGUCUGUGCCAGUGCCUGAAAUAGUGCUGGGCCAGCACACCUGGCCCCAUCCACUCUCCAGACAGCCCACUGGUGCCUGCGACUCCUGAAGACUGUUCUUUCUCUCUCUUCUUUCACCCUAGUCUGAGGCUGCUUCCCAGCCAAGGGAUCUCAAUUUCAGGCUGUCCAGGUUACCCAGAGAUCCUCCCUCUUCCCUGUUCCCCAUGCACAAAGGGUAAACUCCUUCCCUCCCAGGCUAAUGUUGCAAUGUUGCCUUUUUUUUUUAAGAGACAAACAGGGCUGGCACCUGCAGC